UCCCUCCUCCUCCCCUGCCCGCCUGCUCGCUCCGGGUGGCUUUGGCGGGCUGCAGGUGCAGCAUGUCUCGUCUGGGGUCCCUGGGCGGCGCCCGUGCCGGGCUGGGGCUGUUGCUGGGCGCCGCCGCCGGCUUGGGAGUCCUGUGCGUCCUGUACAGCCAGCGGUGGAGACGGACUCAUCGCCACGGCCGGAGACGGAGCCUGCCCAACUCCCUGGACUACGUACGGACGACAGAACCUGGACGCCAAGCAAUGCUGUUGCGGGCCGUCCCGGGUGAGGCCGGAGAUGCUGCGGUGCUGCCCAGCCUUGCCCAGGAAGGGCAGGAGAAGGUGCUGGACCGCCUGGACUUUGUGCUGAACAGCCUGGUGGCGCUGCGGCGGGAGGUGGAGGAGCUAAGGAGCAGCCUGCAGGGGCUCGCCGGGGAGAUCGUUGGGGAGGUCCGAUCCCACAUAGAAGAGACUCAGAGAGUGGCUCGGCGACGAAGGUUCCCAUUUGCCCGGGAGAGAAGUGACUCCACUGGCUCCAGCUCUGUCUACUUCACGGCCUCCUCGGGAGCCACGUUCACUGAUGCGGAGAGCGAAGGCGGUUACACGACAGCCAAUGCCGAGUCUGACUACGAGCGAGACUCUGACAAGGAGAGUGAGGACGGGGAAGAUGAAGUGAGCUGUGAGACCGUGCAGAUGGGCAGAAGAGACUCGCUGGACCUCGAGCUGGAGCCGGAGGCGGCUGCUGCUCUGGGUGCUGCCGGUGACUCCUCGGACCUGGGAGACCUGGUGCCGCUGCUGCAGCAGGUGGACCAGCUGCACCUGGGCAGCAACCCCGAGAAGCAGGAGGGCUUCCAGCUGCUGCUCAACAACAAGCUAGUGUAUGGAAACCGGCAGGAUUUUCUGUGGCGCCUGGCUCGGGCCUACAGUGACAUGUGUGAGCUCACUGAGGAGGUGAAUGAGAAGAAGUCCUAUGCCCUGAAUGGGAAAGAAGCAGCAGAGGCCGCACUGGAGAAGGGGAAUGAGUGUGCCGAGUGUCACCAGUGGUACGCGGUGCUUGCUGGGCAGCUGGCUGAGCAUGAGAGCAUCCAGCGGCGUGUCCAGAGUGGCUUUAGCUUCAAGGAACAUGUGGAUAAAGCCAUUGCUCUGCAGCCGGAAAAUCCUAUGGCCCACUUCCUUCUGGGCAGGUGGUGCUACCAGGUCUCUCACCUAAGCUGGCUAGAAAAAAAAACUGCUGCAGCCUUGUUUGAAAAUCCGCCCAGUGCCACGGUGCAGGAGGCCCUCCACUGCUUCCUAAAGGUUGAAGAACUACAGCCAGGAUUUUCCAAAGCAGGAAGGGUAUAUAUUUCCAAGUGCUGCCGAGAACUAGGGAAAAACUCUGAGGCUAGACGGUGGAUGAAAAUGGCCCUGGAGCUGCCAGAUGUCACCAAGGAGGAUUCAGCUUUCCAGAAGGACCUGGAAGAACUAGAAGUAAUUUUAGGAGACUAAUCACACUUCAAGGGCCUUAUGGUUUAAGGGAAAACAAGAAAAUCAAGGCCUUUUCCCCUCAGACCCUGCUGAGAUCAGGGAACCCACUGACACAGGUUUAAGGUGGGUCUUGACUGCUGAGUGCUACCCACUGCCAUUCCCCAGUUUGUUAAAAUCUAUUGUCUAAUUGGACGCUGGGGAAGUACCUGUGGCCUUGUUUCUGUUGUUCUCUCCCUUACGUGAAUUCUUGAAAAAUCAAGUUAGUUGGGGCCCUUUGAAGACUGCUUGAGCUUUUCCAGAUGUUGGUGAGGUGGAUGAGCUAAUGGAACAAAGCACAGAAGGCCUCACAGCUCUAAUGUUUUUCGCUGAUGAAUACUUAACACCUAAGACCAUAUCCUACCCAC